CGGAACCCCGGGCUGCUGGGGACCUCGGCUUCCCUGUCGAGGGCGUCCGAGUCCUUUUAUCCAAAGCGGCCCCUGAUCUUGGGACCAGAGAGAUGUGCCUACACCCGGCCAGACCAGGUAGAACUGAGCCUGAGCAUCUCCUGUGAGUAUCCUCCAGCCCAGAGCCAGUGACAAGCUGUGAAAAGCUGAGACCCAUGCCCCAGAUGGCAGAGACUAAAGACGCCAUUCAGCUUCGGCUGCUCAGCCUGGAGCUGUUGAAGCAGCUGUGGGCUGGGCACGAUGCCAUGUGUCGGUCAGUGGCCAGGGCAGCGUCAGAGUCAAACCUGGACUAUAGCAGCAGCGGCAACUUAGAGAUGCCCAUGUCCCAAGAGAGUUCCUCCAGCUCCUCGGUGGCCCCAAGCUCACAGGACAAAAGACAGGAGUGGGACCCACUGGACAGUCAUCGAGGAGACACAUCAGAUAUGUCCUGGUGUGGCAACGACAGCUACAGGGUGGACUCUUUACCAUCUGCCACGUGCCAACACUGGGAGCCCCAAGAUGAACGGCAGCCCCCCUCAGAACCCUUGCUAGCCACUGAAGGUCUGAAGGGGCCACCAAAACCUCACGAGACACAGGUUCCAAAGUCCAUGCUGUCACGACCAAGCAAGCCAUCUAAGCCCAAAGUGACCUUCUCCCAAGAGUCUACAGUGCCUGAGAGCAAGUGGCACUUCCGGCCAUACCUGGGCUAUGAUUGGAUUGCAGGGUCCCUGGACACUAGUUCCCCCGUCACCAGCGAACCCGAGGCCUUCUUCUCCGUGCUUCAGAGGUUCCGAGAAGCCAACAGAGAGGAUUGUGUCUGUGACUCCCCUGAAGCUGUGUUCCCAGGCCUGCAGGAGAGCAGUGGUGUGGAAGAGAGCCACCAGUGUGUGUACUGUUACCGUGUCAACCGGCGUCUGUUUCCUGUGCCAGUGGACCCAGGUACCCCUUGCCGCCUAUGUGGGAUACCCCGGGACCAGCAGGGACCUGAGACUCUGGCGGAGCCCGCGCAGGUCAGGGUGAGCAUCCCCUUGUCCAUCCUGGAUCCCCCACACCGCUAUCGAAUUCAUAGACGGAAAAGCUUUGAUGCCUCUGACACCCUGGCUCUGCCUCGGCACUGUCUGCUGGGCUGGGAUAUCCUCCCUCCAAAGCCUGAGAAAAGCUGUGUCCCCAAGAGUCUUGACCUCUGGUCCUCUGUCUCCUGUGGAACGCAGCGCCGACAUCUGUCAGCCACCAGCCCAUCCCGCCUGGUAGGGUCCAGGGUGUGUCCCGACCUGGGGUGAGAGGGGUCCAGGCCUUGCCAGUGCAGGUCCCACCACCAAUCUGGUCAGAGCCUCAGGUUUCCCAGCUCCGUCCCACCCACUAGAAGCCCUGAAGACUGACCACUCAGAAGAGAACAGUAUUCUGCCGGUGCCGUCAACCUCCCCUGAGGAGGCAGCACCUGAGGGAGGGAUGGAUGCCCCUAUAAUGAGGCUGAACCCUGACAAGAUGGAAGUGGUUGUGCUGUUGAGAUGGGAGGACCCAGGCCUGGCGCUGGCCCAUCCUCCCUCCUCCUGGAGGGGGCGGAGACUCUGUCAGUAUGCAAAUAAAACUCAGGGCCCUAUACUUCCCGUCCCCACAUAGCUUGUCUUUCCUGCUGGUCCCCUUGAUGUCCAGGUGUCCUGGUCACAACUGGCUUCACUUUGCCUAAAGGAGACACUGGCUACCUGGAGGCGAGCACCCAGUGAGCACCCAUUACUUGGAGUGUGGCUUCUUUUUUGUAUACUUUUUACCAUAGAGUCUCACGUGGCCUAGGCUGGCCUGGAACUCACAGUCCAAGGAUGACCUUGAACUGCUCCAAUCCUCCUGCCUCCACCUCCUGAGUAUUAGGAUUACAGGCAUAUCCACUGGGCCCUACUUGGGCUUCUAGCUUUUUCUGUAGCUCUCAGAUCUAGAUAAAGGUUGUCUACCAGAUAAAUGGGGUGGUUCCCCAAGGCAGGCUAGAACCAAGGUCAGUGUUACAGUACCUCAGGCCUGGGGAGAUGGCUCAGUGGGUAAGAAUUCUUGUUAUGUAAGUUUGAGGACCUGAGUUCAAAUCCCUAGGACCCAUGUAAAAUCCAGACAUGUACUGAGUGUCUGUAAUCCUAGGGGGGGGGAUGAGAGGUGAAGAUAGAGGAAUUCCUGAGGCUCAUGGGCCAGCUAGCCUGGCAUACACAUUGGAAAAACAACAAAGAAACUCCCCACCUCACGAUGGAAAGUGUAGAUCAACACCCAGUGUGGUCUUCUGACUUAUGCACACCAUGGCAUGUGUGCACCUGCAUUCACACACACAGAAAGACACAAACACACACACACAUACACACACAGAGACUCACUAAAAGUGUGUCUCAUAUCGAAUAAGUGAGCUCUGUCCUUGAGGUCCCUGGCAUCUCCAUGCCCUUUUCUGGGCCCAGUUCUAGAAACAGGGUGGCUCACAACCCUAAGAAGGAUAAGUUGAGAAACUGAUAGCUUAUCAAGCAGCACAUCAGAACAGAGCUGGGAGGUGUUAGGGAGUAGGAUCCUGUCUCUCCCAUCCCUUGUGUGCUUUGGGUUGCCUGGUUUCUAUGGCUAACUAGUGUGGCUACGGGGAUUAAAGGUGAGUGUCACCACUGUCUGGUCUAUGUGACUGAUUAGUGUGGCUGUUUUACUCUCAGAUCUUCAGGUAAGCUUUAUUUAUUAAAAUACAAAUGAAAUAUCACUACAUUCAAAGUUAAGCAACCUUCAGGCCUUAGCUCCUGGGUCUAAGAAUGCAGGUGUUAGUCAGGGUGAGUCAGGUCAUGCUGCAGUAAUAAUUUAAAUGCCCCAACUCCCUGGUUUAACAGAAAGGUUUAUUUCAUUUAUUUUUUAAUUUUCUCUUUAUUUAUUUGUAUACAAUGCCAUACCUGUUAGUUAAGACACAGUUUUCCCUUGCUUGGGCCUGGGGAGAGCUCAGUGGUUAAGAGCUCUUGCAGCUCUCGCAGACGGCCCAAGUUCAGCCCGGGCACUGACCUGUGACUCACAACCACUCCUAAUUCUGGUGCUGGGGAAUCCAGCGCCCUCUUCUGGCCUACUCGCCCAGUGAGCACACAUACGUGGAGGCAAAACCCUCAAACAUGUGAAAUAAAGAUAAAUGGAUAUUAACAUGUUUUUUUCGCAUAAUAUGUCUUCUC